ACGCAAACCGUUUACCAAACGAAAGCAAAAACAGUAGAAAGUCUAUUGGAAACAUUCAGUAAGGUCCUUCCCGUUUUAUUCCGUUUGAGAAACACCGAACAUAAUAUGGGCAGAAUGAAUACAACCGUAGAGUGACUUCCGGCGACCGAACUCUGUUGUUGAAUGUACGGUUCUAUCCAGGUUCGGGAUGGUUCUUAUAAAGGAAUAUCAAGUGCUUUUGCCAUGUUCAGUUGAAGAGUACCAGGUCGGCCAACUGUUCUCUGUUGCUGAGGCAAGCAAGAAUAACACUGGAGGAGGCGAGGGUAUUGAGGUGCUUCGAAAUGAACCAUAUGAAAAGGAUGGAGAGAAAGGACAGUAUACCCACAAGAUCUACCAUGUACACAGCAAGGUACCCAGUUUCAUCCAGAUGUUUGCUCCAGAAGGAGCCCUGGUCUUCCACGAGAAAGCUUGGAAUGCCUACCCCUAUUGUCGCACCAUUGUGACCAAUGAGUACAUGAAGGAUGACUUUUUCAUUAAGAUUGAGACCUGGCACAAGCCAGACAUGGGGACCACAGAUAAUCCCCAUGGUCUUUCCCCAGAGGAAUGGGAGGAAGCUGAGGUUGUGUCUAUUGACAUUGCUGACCGAACACAACUAGAUGAUGUGGACUAUAAGCCAGAUGAAGACCCAGCCAUCUUCCAUUCUGAGAAAACAGGAAGAGGACCCUUAGGACCUGGAUGGAAGAAGGAGCUCCACAACAGUAAUUGUCCCUAUAUGACUGCAUAUAAGCUUGUAACUGUGCAUUUCCGCUGGUGGGGGCUGCAGGGACGAAUGGAGAACUUUAUUCAUAAGCAAGAGAAGCGCCUCUUCACUAACUUUCAUCGGCAGCUGUUCUGCUGGCUAGAUCGGUGGGUGGACCUGACCAUGGAUGACAUCCGCCGAAUGGAGGAGGAGACACAAAGAGAGCUGGACCAGAUGCGUAAUGAAGGAUCUGUCCGAGGAAUGAAAGCAGGCGAAGACUAGAAAGAUGGAGAGAGGACAGAUGCCUGAAAGAGGGAUACGGGGCUAUUUUUGAACAACCAUCAUUCAACCUGCUGUCCUCCCACGGCCAUUCAAAGUGUGCCAGAUCACUGUCCUUCCUCAUGGGAAAUGUCAUCCCUCAUCCAGGAAGUUGUUUACGUGAGAGUGUGUUGUGAGAAUGUAUAUUUGUGUCACUUUAAAAAAAAAAAAAUCUGUUUUCUUUUAUUUGCUGCCAAAUUUGUGUUUUUGUUAAUGAAAAAUAUUGCAUUUGUUUUUAUAACUCAUUGUGUUUGGUUUAUUUGGAAACCAUUGCUCAUAAUUAUGAAUGUGCCACUGAAUCCCAUAAAACCAAUCUCGCUCAUUCUUGUUCUUGUUUGUGGUGAAGUUCUCCCAUCUCACUGAUAAUGAUGAUCACCAGUUAAUGGGAUAGUUCGGCCCAGAUUUAUAUUAGUCCACUUACCCUGAGUUGUUCCUCAAGGCACAUAGUCAUUUUUCAGAACAAUACAUUAUUCAGCAAUGUCCCUGUCUGUAAUUAGCAUUAACAUUAUUAACAUCAUCCAAACUCAUGAAUGGAAACAGUGCAACAGUGUAGAUAUUUACCUCAGACAUUGAAACUUUAUUUGCUUGAGAAAGGAAGGAAAAUACAUAUGUAUCAAGUCUGACUCUGAAUCCGACUUGGAACCAGAAUACAUAGUGUGAAUUGACCGAAAAAGAGGCUCGGACUGCAGAUGAGGAGGGGGGUGAUGGUGAACCAGUUAAUCCCCAUCCCUUGCCCAGAAUAUCCGGAGAUUGGUGGUGUAGUUGUCGAUCUUACAAUCUAAUGCCAACCAAAAAGAAAUGCAAUGAGUGGAAACUAUUGAUGCCAAUAUUGGAGAACAUGAAUGACCCAGUCCCUAAAGCUGAACUUGUCCCAAGAUGUGUGGUUGAUUAUCUGGAUUUUGACCCCCCCAUAACUCCUGGGGUGCUGGAGACUUUUUUUUUUUACAUUCCAUUUCUUAUGUUGGGCAGCUCUCUAAAGUGGCUACCUAACAUUUGCCAGCAAGUGUGUUAGGCAAGGGUAGUGUAUAGCACAUUUCAUACACAGGGCAAUUCAAAGUAUGUUAAACAAUUAGGCAUACUAAAAACUAAAUUUAACCAAGUUAGCAAGACAAACACCUGGUUAUUAGCUAACACAGUUCAAAUUAAUUUGAUGAGAGGAAGGUCUCAUGUUGACUGUAGGUUUUCUAUAUUGUCGAGUCCAUACUCAAUGUCUUGUGAUGAGAUGAUCAUAGUCAAAAGCGCUAUCUUCCUGCUUUGAUUCAAGCAACAAGCAGGAUUGCUAUUUUGCUGGACAUAGCCAAUCAGGCAGGCAUUUUUCUGAUUACGAUAAGAAAACAAGUGAAACCUCAAAUCUCUCCCACGUCCCUAGUACGUUUGCAAACAAACAUGACAGCGGGAUCUUCCUUAAUGAUAAAUACAAUGCUGAAGUCCACCGAUGAAAAUGGGCCAGCUAGUGAAGCUACCUAUCUUCACGUAGCUUGUUCAGGUUAAAGUUCACGCCCACCUCAAGGACAUCAUUGUUGAAGAACAGAAGCUGUGUUGUGUGGUGGCUAUAGGAAAUAGUUUGCUAGUGUCAGUUUGAAGUCACCAAAUUCAGUUUUUUGAAAAACAAUACUAGCGCGAGAGAUUACUGAAUGUAUUUUGAAGUGUUUUGGAGUUGUUUUCCACUUGCAAUGGAGAUUUUGUAUAGCGGGACGGGACGGUUUCUAUUCAUGAAUUUAGACACUGGUAAUAAUACAGACUGGGACAAAGCUGAAUAACGGAUUGUUUUGAACAGUGACUCUAUGUGCCUUCAGGAACAACUCGGACCGUUACCCAAAUAUGAAUCUGGGCCGAACUAUCCUUUUAAUAUAUUCAUCAAAGUUUCUAAAAUUAUCUCUUGAGUCGGUGAGGUAAUCACAAUGUUUAUAAAAACCUAUGGACAUGAUUUGAGAUGAUUUAUUAGAUGAUGUCUUUUAACUUAAGUGUAACCAGUGGAACCCCUCCCACCCAUGCCCCAGCCUGGGUGGCUAGAGAACCUUUGGAGAGUUAAGUCUGAUGUUCAAUAAUAAUAAAGCAUAAUUUUGAUUGUCACAAAGCAUGGGUGUGCUUCUUAUCCAUGUGUUGUGUUUAGUUUUUCUUUCUAUAUAUACAUGUAUCUUCUUUUACAUUGCUGCAAUACAGGGCUGUACUGUAAAUCUGAUCCAGUUCUCAAUUUUAUUUCCCUGUAUAUUCAAAGAUUAUAUAAAAUAAAUGUACUUCAAAUCUC